AUGCUACCCGACCCAGUGCUACCACCCGACCCACUGCCUACCCGACCCAGUGCUACCCGACCCACUGCUACCCGACCCACUGCUACCCGACCCAGUGCUACCCGACCCAGUGCUACCCGACCCACUGCUACCCGACCCACUGCUUCCCGACCCACUGCUACCCGACCCAGUGCUACCCGACCCACUGCUAACCGACCCACUGCUACCCGACCCACUGCUACCCGACCCACUGCUAACCCGACCCACUGCUACCCGACCCACUGCUACCCGACCCAGUGCUACCCGACCCAUGCUUCCCGACCCACUGCUACCCGACCCACUGCUACCCGACCCACUGCUAACCGACCCACUGCUACCCGACCCAGUGCUACCCGACCCACUGCUAACCGACCCACUGCUACCCGACCCAGUGCUACCCGACCCAGUGCUACCCGACCCAGUGCUACCCGACCUACUGCUACCCGACCCAGUGCUACCCGACCCACUGCUACCCGACCCAAUGCUACCCGACCCAGUGCUACCCGACCCACUGCUACCCGACCCAGUGCUACCCGACCCACUGCUACCCGACCCACUGUUACCCGACCCACUGCUAACCGACCCACUGCUACCCGACCCACUGCUAACCGACCCUACUGCUACCCGACCCACUGCUACCCGACCCAGUGCUACCCGACCCACUGCUACCUGACCCACUGCUACCCGACCCAGUGCUACCCGACCUACUGCUACCCGACCCAGUGCUACCCGACCCACUGCUACCCGACCCACUGCUACCGACCCACUGCUAUCCGACCCACUGCUAUUCGACCCACUGCUACCUGA